AUGGCGAUCGAGAACGCCGGCGGAACCGAGCGGACGGAGGAGAGCCGAAGGGACGUCUUGAAGGGCAAGACCGUCUCGGAGCUGUGGGCGAUGGAGAACAACAACAAAGGCGAGGACACGCGCGACGACGACGAGGACGAGGCGGGCGUGACGGGAUACGAGUACUGCUGCGGCGGGGCGAAGGACGUGGCUGAGAGGGACGAGGCGGGGAAGGAGGCGGAUACCGCGGAGGAGGAUGAACUCAUCGAGGUCGUGGACCCGGAGCGUCAGGCGAGGCAACUUCAGAAGGUGAUAAAGCAAAUUGAGAUUUCGUCGCGGUACGAGCGAGUGCGGGCCGUCACGAAGCCGCUGCCGGAGUUUCGCGCGGAGGACGUGGAGGAACCGGAGUACUACUCGCACGCGGCUGGGGACGAACGGUUCUGGGAUGAAGACGAGUUCUCCGUCGAGGCUGAUCCCGCCGGGUCCGAGUUUGGGGACGAGGACGAGGAGAGGUACGCGGUGCUUGGGGACUUCGAGUCGGCGCACGACUUGGCCACGCCGUGG